AUGACCUUUUACAGCCACAACCCGUGUUUGCGUCUCGUCAACAAGCACAAGCCAUGGAUCGAGACAUCGUAUCAUGGAGUCAUUACUGAGAACAAUGAUACAGUCAUUUUGGACCCACCGCUGGUAGCCCUGGACAAAGACGCACCAGUUCCUUUCGCAGGGGAGAUUUGUGCGUUCAAGAUCCACGGCCAGGAGCUGCCCUUUGAGGCCGUGGUGCUCAACAAGACAUCGGGAGAGGGCCGGCUCCGUGCCAAGAGCCCCAUCGACUGUGAGCUGCAGAAGGAGUACACAUUCAUCAUCCAGGCCUAUGACUGUGGCGCGGGGCCCCGGGAGACAGCCUGGAAGAAGUCACACAAGGCCGUGGUCCAUAUCCAGGUGAAGGACGUCAAUGAGUUUGCUCCCGCCUUCAAAGAGCCCGCCUACAAGGCUGUGGUGACCGAGGGCAAGAUCUACGACAGCAUCCUACAGGUGGAGGCCGUCGAUGAGGACUGCUCCCCCCAGUACAGCCAGAUCUGCAACUAUGAAAUUGUCACCACCGAUGUCCCUUUUGCCAUUGACAGAAAUGGCAACAUCAGGAACACCGAGAAGCUGAGCUAUGACAAGCAGCACCAGUACGAGAUCCUGGUGACCGCCUACGACUGUGGCCAGAAGCCUGCCGCUCAGGACACCCUGGUGCAGGUGGACGUGAAGCCAGUGUGCAAGCCUGGCUGGCAAGACUGGACCAAGAGGAUCGAGUACCAGCCUGGCUCGGGGAGCGUGCCCCUGUUCCCCAGCAUCCACCUGGAGACAUGCGAUGGAGCCGUGUCCUCCAUCCAGAUCACCACGGAGCUGCAGACCAAUUACAUUGGGAAGGGUUGUGACCGGGAGACCUACUCAGAGAAAUCCCUUCAGAAACUAUGUGGAGCCUCCUCUGGCAUCAUCGACCUCCUGCCGUCCCCCAGCGCUGCCUCGAACUGGACUGCGGGACUGCUGGUGGACAGCAGCGAGAUGAUCUUCAAGUUUGACGGCAGGCAGGGUGCCAAGGUCCCUGACGGGAUUGUGCCCAAGAACUUGACGGACCAGUUCACCAUCACCAUGUGGAUGAAACACGGCCCCAGCCCCGGCGUGAGAGCCGAGAAGGAAACCAUCCUCUGCAACUCAGACAAGACUGAAAUGAACCGGCACCACUACGCCCUGUACGUGCACAACUGCCGCCUGGUCUUCCUCCUGCGGAAGGACUUCGACCAGGCCGACACCUUCCGCCCGGCCGAGUUCCACUGGAAGCUGGACCAG